CGGUUCCCUCACCUUGCUCAAAGUCACAAUGUCUGUUGUGUUCAAACGACAACCGACUUGACAUUAUUCACAGUGUGGCUCAUAGUCCCCGAUUCUCUCCCAAUGGUUCUCAUUCUGAGGUAGUCCAGCAAGAUGCUCCUUCCUCACAAGCCGUUGGAAAAUGGAAGGUGCUCCUUCCCCUUCAAGAAAUAUUUUCUCUUUUCUCGCUGAUUUUUCGAGCAACGAAAAAGAAAUUUUCGUCGGUUUAGUUGUGUUUCUUCAGUGUCUCUUCACCUUGUCAAGUGUCUCCCGUCGCGAUCGUCGUCGCUCUGUCGGUCCAUCUCUUGGAUUCGCUCCCACACCACUCUGCCUUCCACAUCUCUCUUUUUUUUCGAUCAUUUUCAUCAUGUUCGCUGGAUCUUCGACCGUUCAAAUCCAUUUACCAGCACUACCAUGGUGUCAUGCUAAUCAAAAUCUGACAGCUGCCAGGCCGAGUCCUCAAUGGUCACCUAUUAUAACACCGGAGUUAUGUCAGACAAGGUACAACACUAAUCAACAUAAGAAGGUGAGGAUAUUGAGGUCGAACCAGUCAGAAGCGGUCCCGAUCAUGCUCGGUCUCAAACUCCAACAUCCCCGGAGAAUACAACCUGCAGUGCUACCACAAUUUCAUCUGGGCUGAUAGGCUUUAGCCGAGAGAGUCAGCCGUUUACUGCUCGGAACCAGGAAGCUCGCCCGGAUCUGUCGGCGGCCAAGAAGGCCAUGUCCUUGCUCCGGCUUGCUUGACGUGACGACCUUCUGCAAUCUGGUAUCCGCCUGCCCCCCGAUCAGAUCUCUGGGUAGGAACACCAUGUAGGUGGGCAGCGUGGCAGCGAACUUGAUCUAUCUUUGGCACUUAACCGCUUUUCUGGCGUCUCAGCUUCUACUACCACUUCAGAGGCGAACAGCAACGUCAGAGCUAUGUGUCAGAGGA